AACAUUCCAGAGACAGGCCCUGCCAAGUUUCCAAAGGGGAACCCGGAAGUUGUACUGGAAGCAGCAUGUGGAGCUAGAAAUGCUGAUCUGGGGAUAAGCCGUGCUCUGCUGGUUUAUUGGGACUGACUCGCACGGUCACUAAGCGACCUACGGAUUGUUUUACAAAGAUCUUUAUGAUCUUUCUGAGAUAUUGUGGAUUGUGCUUUUCGAAACAAUGACGCUGCAGUCCUAUUCAAUUUGAUUACAAAUGUAUGGUACCUAGAUUACCCAUUAUGUAUUAUUUUGUAGCAUCUUGAAGCGAAUACUGAAAUUAAGGGAGAAAAUGUCUGAUAAACAUCUGAAAGAAUCUUUCAUAAGUAACCUUAAUGGAACCAGCCUUACUGAAAUCACAGUGGGCUUAAGUGUGCCACCUCUCCUCGUCCUUUGUAGAGGUUUGGCGUUCAUCCUCCAUCAACAGAAAAAUGGUGAAAGAGUAGACUCAUGGAAGAUCCAUCUGUUGCUCGAUUUUUCUCUGUUGAUUCUACCACAAGUUGUAUCCUGCACAGUUCUUUCAGAUAACCUGUAUCUUGUGCAUCAAGUCAUCAUAGGAAUAAGCAUUUUAUUAGUCUGCACUAUAUACAGAGGAAAGACUACUUACACCAAUGGAUCAUUUCAAGAUAUCUGGAAAAGACUAAAAGAAGCACAUGUGGAAAACUAUAGUGUCCCAGCAGUUACAGUUCUACGUGUUCUCAUGAAUUUGUUCACUGCAAUUUGCAUCCUUGCAGUGGAUUUCCCUAUAUUUCCCAGGCGAUAUGCAAAAACAGAGACUUAUGGCACAGGAACCAUGGACAUAGGGGUAGGGUGUUUCAUCUUUGCUAACUCACUUGUUUCUCCUGAAGCCAGAGGAAUGAAAGGCAAAACGCGUAAUACAUUUUCUAAUGUGACAAAGCAGCUAUUUGCCGUUUGGCCACUAUUUUUUCUUGGGUUUGGUCGGUUGAUAAGUGUCAAAAUGGUUGAGUAUCAUGAACAUGUGUCGGAGUAUGGAGUUCACUGGAACUUCUUUUUCACCAUAGGAAUCGUUAGAGUGUUGUCAUCUCUCCUGUUGACAUUAUUUACAGCAAGAAAUUCCUGGAUUAUUGCUACAGUCCUUAUUUCAUGCUAUCAACUCAUCCUUGAAACUACCAACCUUAAGACUUUUAUUUUACAUGGCACUGAUGGAAAAGGUACAAGAACUGGUUUCUUAAAUGCAAACAGAGAGGGGAUAUUCUCACUUAUUGGAUACAUUGGUAUUUACAUGGUUGGAGUACAAGUUGGGUUGUAUGUCCUAAAGAAAAGGACAUUUCUAAAAGAUUGGAUAAGGGCUACUUUUAAUCUGAUGUCGUUAACGGUUUUAUUUUUUAUCAUUUUCCUUUUAAUUGAGACAUUCAUAGAACCGGUCUCUCGUAGAAUGGCGAACCUGCCAUUCUGCAUAUGGAUUAUUGGAUUAAGCCUGUUACUACUGUGCUUAACAUUGCUUUUUGACUUGAUCUUAGUAUUUGCAAAGUCUCUGGUUCCAGGAAGCAAAGUAUCUUGCACAUGGGAUAUAUGUAAAUUGCCAGCAUCCAAUAAGAAGCAAGAUUUACCUUUAAAAUCUGGAAAAAAGGAAAUAAAUUUGUGUCUAAUUGAAGCUGUCAACAGAAAUCAGUUACUGUUCUUCUUGUAUUCCAAUAUCAUGACUGGUGUAGUAAAUAUGUUGGUUGAUACCAUCCACAGCAACUCUGCAUUUUCCCUGUCCGUCCUUCUCUGUUAUAUGUUUAUUAAUUGUUUGAUUGCUUAUGUUCUUCACAUCAAUACAAUUUCUGUCAAAUGGUGGUGAGGGCAAUAUACAUCCCAUGUAACGUCAGAAUAGAAAAAUCUAGUUAGCAGAGUCUUUUAAAAUGUUGCUUUUUGAAUCUUUGUUUACUACUAAUUUAAGGGACAGUACACACCAAUUUUCAUAUAACUGCAUGUAAUAUACACUACUAUUAAGAAGAAUAUGUUCAGUUACUGAUCUAAAAAUCCAGUAUAAAACCUUUUUAAAAACUUACUUAGAAGCUCCAAGUAUAGAACUGUUGAUAAGGUUAGGCUAGGACACCCACUGAAAGGGGUUGGGAAACCAGGAAGAGCAGACACAUCCCCCUUCCCUGUAUAUAGACAGAUUAUAUAAACAGGAGCAGUUGUAGACUUGGGUCUACAGCUGAUACUUUGGGGCUUGGUUAGGAGUCUGAAAAUCAGCAUAAUGUUAUUAAAAAAGUAGGCAAAACUUUGCAUUGUUACAAAAAUACUCCCAGAAGGGCAAUUUAAAUAGAUCAUCUACAAAACAUUUAUGCAAAAAAAAUCUAGUGUACAAUGUCCCUUUAAGAAAUUGGAGAGAAGUUAUGUUGACAGUAUUGAAAAAUAAAGCCUAUUGUUAUUUGCGGAAGGGUUUAGACAACAGUUUAUAUUUUACGGAUGAAGUUGUUACACAAGACUAUUCAUGUAUUUUCAGUAAGGUCGUCUAUGGGCCUGGUCUAAAUAAAAAAAUAAUAAUAAUUAAUGAAGCAAGUAGUAGUUGACAAAUUGACUACAAAAAAAGUCAGAAGUUGAUCAUUUAUAGUUACAAUAUAAAAUAGUUUGAUAGUGUUUUCAAUUCCAAAUAGUGCAGUUUAUAAGUGGAAGGCACUGUAUCCGCUAAUCUUAUGUGCAUAUAAAGAAGCAAUGUGGGCACAGCUAACUGACUGAGGUCUCUGUUUUCAGAUGUUAUGCAGAAUGGGCACAGAUGUAUGAUAUCACAUUUGAUUCCAUGACAGAAAUAUUGUUUUAUUGAACAGCAAUGAUCUCUAGUAUUCCAAAUUUAAAUAUAUUUGAAACCCAAACUUUUUCUUUCAUGAUUCAGAUAGAGAAUAUUCUCUAAUUUACAUCUUUUUUUGGUAUCCUUUGUUGAAAUACAAAUAGGUUGCUUGUGACUGGGGCCCUAGAGGGCAGCAGUUUUGCAAGAAUGCUUUCAACAUUAUACAUUGUGAAAAUACUGCUGUCAUCUAGUGCUCCAUAUACGUGCACACUACAUAGCUAGGUAUCCUCUUCAACAAAGAAUACAAUGGGAACAAAGUAAAAUUGAUAAUAGAAGUAAAUUAUAAACCUUUUAGGAGAAUGUAUGCCCUAUCUGAAUCAUGAAAGAAAAAACUGUAGUUUCACGUACCUUUUAAUUUGCUGCUAAGAAUAAAUGUUGCAUGCAAUUGUAUUUAAAGUGGGGGUUAAAGGGAUAUCAAACACCAAAAUGGAAAGUUGUUUAAAAUUGUAUGCUCUAUGUGUAAAGGGAUAUUAAAUCCACAUUUUUUUUCUUUAAUAAAUUCAAAUAGACCAGGCAAUUUUAAGCAACUUUCUAAUUUACUCCUAUUAUCAAUUAUUCUUCGUUCUCUUGCUAUCUUUAUUUAAACAGCAGGGGCCGAAUGAUCAAGCUCUGAAUGGAGCUUGAUGCCCCUGUUUUUGCGCGAGCCUUUAGGCUUGCCAGAAACAGCAGUUAUGAAGCAGCAGUCUAAAGACCGCUGUUCCAUAACUGGUCCACUUGCUCUGAGGAGGCGGACAUCAAUCCACCCGAUCCUAUACGAUCAAGCUGAUUGACACCCCCUGCUAGCGGCCGAUUGGCUGCGAAUCUGCAGGGGGGGCAUUGCACAAGCAGUUCACAAGAACAGUUUGUGCAAUGAUAAAUGCCGACAGCGUAAGCUUUUGGCAUUCAUCGAUGUCUGUCUGACAUGAUCCGCUGAGCAGAUCAUGUCGGACAGACCGAUUUGAUAAAUCUGCCCCCAGAAAUGUAAAGCUUAGGAGCUGUCCCAUUUUACGUUCAGCACCCUGGAUAGCGUUUGCAUUAUUUGUGGCUACAUUUAUCCACCAAUAAGCAAGCAUAACCCAGGAUCUGAACCAAAAAUGGUCAGGCUCCUAAGAUUUACAUUCCUGCUUUUUAAAUAAAGAUAGCAAGAGAACGAAGAAAAUGUGAUAAUAGGAGUAAAUUAGUUUUUACUUUUUUAAGGAGUUUUCCUUAAAAUUGCAUGCUCUAUCUGAAUAAUUAAAGAAAAAAAAAUUGGGGUUAGUAUCCCUUUAAGUAUGUUUAUGUAUCUGUAAAUGAAAACCUGUUUAUUUGAUAUUGAUAAGUGUAUGGUUUCUUUUAUAAAAAAAAAAAAAUAAUAGUCUACCAAUGUAUUUAUGAAAUAAAGCAUAUUGCCUAUGCUG